AUGGGCAUUUGUAACAAGACUGUCUUUAUGGGAUGCUGCUCCUGCUGUGCAGUUUACUCAUUAAUCAGCAUGUUUAUUCUUCUUUAUUUGGGUAUUCUCAUUAUUGUGAGUGCUUAUCCAUUCUCUAAAGGAGUGAACGAUCACGUUUAUGAAACGAGAUACGAGAAAGCUCAAGGAUUUUUCAUUGCCGCCGGUCUCUACUUCCUCUUUGUUUUGUUGGGAGUGGGCGUAACGGUCGGUCUUUACUUUAAGAAGAAGAGAGAAUAA